GUUUUUGCCUUCACAAUGGGGCAUUUCGGACUCAGGGUGGUUUACUGUCUGCUGCCCAUUUGUUUCACUGCAGACCUCAUGUGGGGCUUUCUGAAAUGUUUUUCAGUUUUCUCGCUGGUGUGUUGGUCGUGUGAGAAUGCUGCAACGAACUGGGGCUGCUGGAGGCUGCAGAUCUGUUCCAGUGAUGACAACUUCUGUGCAACCAUGUAUACCGGUGCAGGAAUUGGUGAUUAUUCCACGCAGUCGAUCAGCAAGGGCUGCGUGCAGGUUUGCCCCCAAGGCGGGAUCAAUAUCGGCAUCGCGGCCAUGUCGGUGAAAUGCUGCUCCUCGUCUUUCUGCAACGUCAGCGGGGCGAGCAGCGUCAAAGCAAACCACCUUGGGUUGGCCUUUGCAAUGCUGGCCAGCUUCUUCUUUCUCUUUGGAUCCAGGCUGUGAUUUCAGGCAUCUCUCCGGCUGCAUCAAGACGCCAAGCGUGUUCCAGAAAUUGUGUAUCGAGAAUGCUAUUCAACUGUACUGCUCUUUAACCUGAAAUUUUACUAGGUUUAUGGAAAUAGGGUCAGGGGUGGGGAAAUUUUGGUUUCUAGCAUCACUUGGGGUUGUUGGAGGCUGAGGCACACCCGAAAGAGAGAACCUCUAGGCCAGUGUUUCUCAACCUUGGCAACUUUAAGACCUGUGGACUUCAACUCCCAGAAUUCCCCA